AUGAAGUCCUCACUUUUAGUCGUCCUGACCGCCGGACUAGCUGUCAGAGAUGCAAUCGCCCACGCCAUCUUCCAACAACUCUGGGUAGACGGCGUCGACUACGGCUCCACUUGUAACCGCCUUCCGACCUCCAACUCCCCCGUCACCAACGUGGGAAGCCGAGAUGUUGUGUGCAAUGCCGGCACCAGGGGUGUCAGUGGAAAAUGCCCCGUCAAAGCAGGCGGGACCGUGACGGUGGAGAUGCACCAGCAACCUGGCGACCGCUCCUGCAAAUCCGAAGCCAUCGGCGGCGCCCACUGGGGUCCGGUGCAAAUCUACCUCUCCAAAGUUUCCGACGCCUCCACCGCCGACGGUUCUUCUGGUGGGUGGUUCAAGAUCUUCUCCGACGCCUGGUCAAAAAAAUCCGGCGGGCGCGUAGGUGACGACGACAACUGGGGCACGCGUGAUCUGAACGCUUGCUGCGGGCGAAUGGACGUGCUGAUCCCCAAGGACUUGCCCAGCGGCGAUUACUUGUUGAGAGCCGAGGCGCUGGCGUUGCAUACGGCUGGCCAGAGUGGCGGGGCGCAGUUUUAUAUUUCUUGUUAUCAGAUUACGGUUUCAGGGGGCGGCAGCGCGAACUAUGCGACGGUCAAGUUUCCGGGAGCGUAUAGGGCCAGUGACCCCGGCAUUCAGAUUAAUAUUCAUGCGGUGGUAAGUAAUUAUGUGGCGCCGGGGCCGGCGGUUGUAGCGGGGGGUGUGACGAAGCAGGCGGGGAGCGGGUGUAUCGGAUGUGAGUCGACUUGUAAGGUGGGGAGUUCGCCGUCGGCGGUGGCACCGGGUGGAAAGCCGGCAAGUGGCGGGUCGGAUGGGAAUGCCCCCGAGGUGGCCGAGCCGAGUGGUGGUGAGGGUAGUCCAAGUGCGCCGGGGGCUUGUGAAGUUGCUGCGUAUGGACAGUGUGGUGGUGAUCAAUACUCUGGCUGUACGCAGUGCGCCAGCGGAUACACGUGCAAGGCUGUCUCACCUCCCUAUUACUCGCAGUGUGCCCCAACCUCCUAG